UCGAGCGUUUGCAUUAGUGUUCAAAAUUUUCAAUUUAUUUUUUACGGUGACAAGCGCUAAAUUUAAAUUUUAGCAUGGCAAACUAUAAUUUUUUUAUUACCCUUUUGUUGGCGUGUAGCCCGUCAGUAUUUAAAUCUGAUGAGAUUUAUUCAUUAAAGUCCGUCAGCAUGGCUUUUCGACACGGAGAUCGAACGCCUCAAGCAUAUCCCACUGGAUUUUAUCCAAAUGACCCAUACAUAAAUGAUUCAUUCGAACCAUACGGUCAUAGUGCUUUAACGAACGAAGGCAAAAAGAGAGAGUAUCAAAUUGGAGAAAAACUGAGAGAAAGAUAUAAUGCAUUUUUAGGAGACACUUUUAAACCGUCAGAAAUUUCUGUUGUCAGUACGAGCACAGAGCGUACAAAGAUGAGUUUAUUGCUUGUAUUGGCUGGUCUCUAUCCGCCUAAAGGCAAACAAGUUUGGAAAGACGAAUUGAAUUGGCAACCUAUCCCUAUAGAUUCUAUUCCGUACGAUCUUCAAAGUUAUAUGCACCCCCCUAAGUGUCCUAUAUACGUGAAUGAAUUAAAACGAGUUAAGAAUUCGACGGAGUAUAAAAAAGAUCUCUCUCGCUUCAACGAGCUCAUGAAAAAUUUGACGGUUUUUACGGGUCGGGAAAUAGAUGACAUAAAGAUUGUUUACCACCUCUACCAUACUUUAACCGCAGAAUCUAGCUUGGGUUUGGCACUUCCUGAAUGGACAAAAUUAUAUUUUCCAAAUGGACUCAUUAGAAAUGCGACUCUAUUUGAAUACAAAACUGAAAGUUACACACCUAAGUUGAUAAGGCUGAAUGGAGGUACGUUUAUUCGAAAAAUCAUGAAUGACUUGAUUUUUGAAAAACGAUUGAAUUCGACAAAACUCAACCUAUAUAGUGCGCAUGAGGAUAACAUUGCUGGUCUUUUGUAUGCACUUGGCGCAUGGAAAAAUGAAAUCCCUGCCUACGGAAGUGGCAUAGUUUUUGAACUUCAUGAGAGAAAUUCAAAAAAUUAUAUAAGGAUUUUGCACUACAUGGGUGUUCCAGCGGAAUUCAAGUUACAUCGUAUUCCCGGAUGUGCUGAAUUCUGCGCUAUCGAAGAUUUUAUGAGUAUUUUAAAAGAUGUUAUACCAGAUGACGUUAUGGUGACAUGCUUCGGUCCACCAGAGAGCUCUCUUCUUAUACCUAAAGGAAGCAAUCCUAUUAUCUGGCUGUACGAAAAGAUAAAGUCGUGGUUCAAUUUGUAAUUUAGCUAAAUUUAAAUUUAGUUAAUUUACAAAUUUUAAUUGCUAAAUUAAACAAAUUUGUCA